AUGAAGCUGCUACAGGAAGCCGAGGAAGCAACAAACAAUAAAAAGUUAAUAAAAUCUCAGGUGGAGAAACGUCGAAGGGACAGAAUGAACCGCAGUUUGGAGUGUCUGAGGACCAUGUUGCUGCAGGAGCCACACGAAGGGUCCACUCAACACCGAGUGGAGAAAGCUGAGAUACUGGAGCACACAGUCCUCUUCCUCCAGAACAAUGCCAAAGGAGACAAGACUACAGGUGGACGUGGGGACCAGAAACGCUCCUUCCAGGACGGUUUCUCCACUUGCCUGCAGACAGCUUCGGGGUUUCUGGGCCCCGAGGGGAAAGGGUCGGAGCUCGGAUCGGCGCUGCAUGCAGCUUUUGCCGCUCGUUUGGCCCGUUCACACUCACAGCCCGAAGGUCUCCAAAGCAGAAACUUUUUGCCGCACGCAAAGUUUAUUCUGCGGAUGCUGAGGCAGAAGUCCAAGCUCAAACUCAAACAAGCUCAAGCACGUGCCUCAGGGGAGAAACUCCCCAAACAGCCUCAGAAACAAAGAGAGUCCGAGAUCAGAGCAGAGAGAGGAGCGACCAAACAGAGCUCAGCCCAGAGCUCCCCCUCCAGCCACACUUUGUGGAGACCUUGGCCCUGAUCACCAGGCAGGGACUUCAGAGCUAUCAAUGACUAUAA